CUGUGCAAACGGGGCCGUCCUAAGGGGACUUCACGCCUGUCUCCUGAGGUGGUGGCUCGGCUAGGCGAUGCCAACCUCAUGUACGCCAUGGGGCGCUACAGUGAGGCCAUUCCGCUGCUGGAGGCAGUGAUACGGGAGGCCCCUGCGGUGCCCGACAGCUACCAGACGCUGGCGCUCGUGUACGACGCAAUGGGGGAUAGGAAGAAGGCCGUGAACCUGAGCAUGAUCGCCGCGCACAUCACCCCUCAGGACACCGCGCUCUGGCGCCGCCUCGCUGCCUGGUCACUGGAACUGGGCAACCCCUCUCAGUCACUCUACUGCCUCUCCAAGGUGGUGCGGCGGGACCCAUCGGACGUGGAGGCGAGGUGGGAGCAGGCGCUGCUGCUGGCGGAGGCAGGGGACUACCGGCGGGCCGCGGCGGCACUGGAGCUCAUGCGCGCACACAGGGAGGCGGACGGGCAGCGGGAGACAGAUGGGGAGGUCUGCAAGAUGCUGGCGCGGAUGUAUCACCGCAUCGACCAAUCAGACAAGGCCAUCGAGGUCCUCCAGUCCCUCCUCUCCUCCUCCUCCACCCCCGCCGCCCCGCUCGAUCUCACGGCUGUAAACAUUCUCGCCGAGCUCUACAUGACCAAGGGAAGCUUCCUGGAAGCGCUGGGUGUGGUGGAGCGAGCGCGGGCGUCGCUGUGUCCUGGGGAGGCCCUGCCGGUGGACCUGGGCGCCAAGGCGGGCACGUGCCUCGUGCGCCUGGGCCGCCUCACAGACGCUCAGGCAGGCGUGUGCCUCGUGUGCCGGGGCCGAGUCACAGACGCACAGCCGUACCUGCAGGCAUUGGAGCAGGAGAGUGCAGGGGACUGUGCAGACCUCUUCACAGAGGCAGGCGAUGCCUUCAUGGCUGUCGGCCGGGCGGCAGAUGCCGUCCGCUUCUACCGCCCGCUCUGCUGCCACUGGGACGACGUGGCCCUCGCUGCUGCUGCUGCCGCCGCUGCAGAUGCUGCUGCUCGGGAUCUCGGGGGUGCUGCUGCUUCAGAGGCCGGUGGGGCAGCGACAGCGUCAGAGGGGCAAGGGGGAGGGGCGGAGGCGUUAUGGCAGGAGGUGGAGGGGCGGGCGGCGGUGUGGGUGAAGCUGGGAGCGGCGUGUGCUGCUGCUGGGCGCGUGGAUGACGCCCUGCUCAUUCUGCACCGAGGUGCGCGUGUGCUGUGGGCGGUGGAGGCUGAUGUCUGGGAGGGGUGGGUGGGUUCUCGGGUACCCACCUGGCACGCACCCCUGCUUGGCCCUUUCCCUCUCCAUCCUCUGCCUUCCCCCUCCCUCUUCCCUCCUACACUCGCUUCCCUCCUCUACACUCUCUUCCCUCCUUUCCACUCUCUUCCCUCCUUUACACUCUCUUCCCUCCUUUACACUCUUUUCCCUCCUUUACACUCUCUUCCCUCCUUCACACUCUCUUCCCUCCUACACUACUCUCUACUGAUUCACUGCCACCUUCCAUCCCCGCUCUCUCGUUGCUCGCACCACUCUCUCCCAUCCUCCCCGCCACCAUGCACCUGCACUUCCUCUUCCCCGCCGCCCAUGUGUCUCCUCCUCCAUCACCGUCUCGCCUCACCUGCACCUGCCACCGUUCAUCACCUCUCUUCACCAAGCCUCACCUCCUUCGACCCUUUCACUUUCCUUCCACUCUCCCCGCUUCUCUCCCUAACACAUGCUCUCCGCUCUUCUAUUCUUCCUCCCUUGCGCUCCCCUCCUCUCCCCCCAGUGGUGGCGUGCCUGCCCUGCCUGCCCCACCCCCGUCUGCACCUCUCCUCUGCGCUCGCCCUCGCGGGUCGCCUGCCAGAGGCAGCGGCGGUGCUGGAGGGGCCGGGGGAGGGCGAGCAGGGGGGGGGCGAGGGGCAGCAGGAAGGGGCAGAGGCAGCACAGGGAGGAUCGCAGGGGGGGGCUUCCGCUGCAGUGGAUGGGGCGGGCGAGGGGGCGGGGGGGAGGAGGGGCGGGGCGGCGUGGUGGAAGCUGGUGGAGGUGCGACUGGCCAGGGCGUACCUGUGGGACAAGGCUGACAACGCCAGCAAGUUCCUGGAAGUUGCGCUGCCCAUGGUGUCCCAGUCUAUGUGGGCAAUCGACAAGAACGAGCGGAUUCUGUCGGCCUUCCGGGCGGCGCACCCGUGGUGGCGGCCGUGGAUGCGGCAGCUGAAGGCGCUGCUGGGCGAGCAGGCGAGGGAGGGCAAGGAGGGGCUGUACCGCGGGCUCAAGCUGCGCCUGCCACGCGGCAUCGCGUCACACCUCAUUUCUCUCCUCCCUUACACACCCCAUCGCCCCUCUCCCUCCUCCCCUACCCUCCUCCCCCUACCUCCCCUCCUCCCCCUACCUCCCCCCUCAACUCCCUCUUCUACUCCUUCCCCGCACAACCCCACCAGCUGCCAGCUGGCGAAUCGAAGGCGCCUGGCUCGGCUGGCAGCAGAGGAGGCGGAGAGGCAGGCAGCGCUGGGGGAGGGGAGGGGCGCGGGGGAGGGGGAGGGGGAGGGGGGAGCAGGAGGAGAGGGGGCGGGGGCGGGGGAGGGGGAGGGGGAGGGGGGAGCAGGAGGAGAGGGGGCGGGGAAGGCAGGUGGUGGUCGGGGGGGGAUUGGCACGGACUCAGUGCGGCUGCAGCUAGAGGUGGGGGGGGAGAGCGAUGUGGGGGACGGGAGACAAUGA